CACACAUACCCACGUCCCCUCACCCACACAGAGGCCAUUGCAGCAGCUCGACCCAUCACCUACCCUCCAGUUCGUAUUUUAACAUCCUCUUCAGUGGUGCAAUUGUCAACUCUUCAGCUGAAAUGUCGCAUCUAGUCGGCCCCGAGACAGAUCUCUCGUCUCUGAAUGAUCUUCAAAGGCUAGAGCUGGCACAGAAGAUCAAAGAUGAGAGCAACGCCACGCAGGCUCUCAUUGGACCAGCAGAGCCCAUCGAGGUCUUGGAAAAGGAGUACGCAGGGGGAGAGGGAGUAGAGCAGUUCGUCGCAAAGGCCAGAUGGCUCAGGGAUGUAGGCGACUUCAUUGCCCUGCGAAGGACGAGGGGGGAUGGAGAUUGCUUCUACAGAUCAUUUGCCUUUGCGUUCAUUCAAAGGCUGCUUCACUUCAACGAUCGUCCCAUGCACCACUUCAUUCUCAAGCAUGUUGAAGACACAAAGAGCCUUCUGAAGCAAGCAGGCUUCGACGAGUCUGUCUACGUAGACUUCUACAACCCAUUCCACGACCUUCUCCUACGCAUGCACACAACAGACCCUCAGGUUUCUGAGCUCACAGACGCCGACCUUCAAAGGGCCUUCAACGACCCAGAGACAAGCAACAGCAUCGUCGUAUACCUUCGACUGCUGACCAGUGCUUACCUCAAGCUCAACGAGGAAGACUUUCUGCCCUUCCUCUUCACCCUUGAAGACGAAUACCAGAGCAGCUUCGAUGGUGGACCGCCCACAAUGGAGAAGUUCUGCGCCAACCAAGUCGAAGCCAUCGGUAAGGAGGCCGACCACGUACAGAUCGCAGCCCUGUCGCGCUGUCUGAAGGUGUCGCUAGAUGUAGCCUACCUCUCGCGUAGUGGUGCGCCGCCAGCGACUCCCCUUGCUGAGGAAUACGAUGAGACGCAAGCGAUGCAAGUGCCUGGCCAUGAGGCAGAGGCUCAGAGGGCCAAGGACGAUGCUACGCAUUGUGACAUCGUUCACUUUGAGAUUCCUGGCGCAGUGGCGCACAUUGACAUCGGAACGCUACUAUUCCGUCCCGGCCAUUAUGAUAUUCUGAUAAAUGCGCCGGAGGUGGCAAGUCCCGAAAUUGUCAUCCCGAGAGCCAAGUAGACGUGCACGAAAGCAAAGCAGAGAUAGACACACAGCAAGACCUAAGCGAGGAUGUGAGCAGGG